AUGUUUGGCAGCUCAAGUUCCCCACCAAAAGAUUCAUCCUUAGCUUCCACCACAACUCCUCCCACCUCUUCCGAAUCUAGCGCCGAUUCAUCAACCGCUCUCAAUAAUCCAGGCGAUGCAUCAACCGCUUUAAGAGCACUCGAUGGUGAGACUGGCACAUCCGAAAAACGCAGCGGCAAUGGUAGUCCGCCAGGUCGCGCAAUUCCCGGCGAUGGUUCUGGAGAGAAGAAACGCCGGAGUAGCGGGGUCGGCGGUAAAGCCAGCUCGUUUCUGGCCAGUGCGAAGAAUUCAUUGCACUUCAGUCAGAGUCCUAAUUCUUCCGGAUUCAUGUCUGGUGGCCGUUCGAACGACGUAGUGCAAACGCCCUUGCAGAAGUUGGGAAAACAAGAUCCGGCCUUGACGGUUCCCCAAGGUCAGCAUAAUAAUUCGGCGGGAGAAUCUCGUCCCGGCCCUAGAUCGACUUUCAAAGUCGGCGUUUGGGAAGACAAAAAUAAGAAAUGUCGUCGCACGAUGGAGGAUACUCAUGCUUUCCUGUAUAACUUCUUACAUACACCUGCACCUGUGGUGGGAGCCGAUUCGAGCUCAAAGUCGGAAAAGUCAGAUAAAGUCGCAAGUGAUUCAUCAGAUAGUCUUGCUCGGCCGGUAUCCGCACAAUCCAUGUUGGAGACAGACAAUGGUUACUUCGCAAUCUUCGAUGGUCACGCAGGUACAUUUGCUGCAGAUUGGUGUGGAAAGAAACUACAUCUCAUUUUGGAGGAGACUAUACGAAAGAAUCCGAAUACCCCGAUUCCAGAACUUCUCGAUCAAACCUUUACAACUGUCGAUGCACAGUUGGAAAAAUUACCCUUGAAAAACAGUGGUUGUACUGCCGUGACAGCAGUUCUUCGUUGGGAGGAUAGGAUACCAAACGCUUCAUCUGCUACGGGCUCUACAGCUAUUGCACCUGCGACCGCUGCUGCUGUUAAAGCUGCUGAAGAAACACCAAAGACUGAAGAUGGCAGUGCGUCACAACAGCCAAAGGCCGUUUUGAAUGCCCCUACUGGAGAUGUUCAAGCAAAACUUAAAAGCACUUCCACUCGUGCCAGAGUUUUGUAUACAGCUAAUGUUGGAGAUGCACGUAUUGUAUUGUGUCGUAAUGGCAAAGCCUUACGUCUAUCUUACGAUCAUAAGGGUAGUGAUGAGAACGAAGGAAAACGUGUUGCAAAUGCAGGUGGUUUGAUUCUCAAUAAUCGUGUCAAUGGCGUUUUGGCAGUUACUCGUGCCCUGGGAGAUGCGUAUAUGAAAGACUUGGUUACAGGCCAUCCAUAUACGACUGAAACUGUCAUACAACCUGAUAGCGAUGAAUUCAUUAUUUUGGCUUGUGAUGGUUUGUGGGAUGUCUGUUCAGAUCAAGAAGCAGUUGAUCUCGUUCGUCAUCAACAAGAUCCUGUUGCCGCAGCUAAACAACUUGUCGAAUAUGCCCUCGCUCGCUUCAGUACGGAUAAUUUGUCUUGUAUGAUUGUUCGAUUUAAUCGACCACUUCUUGUUGCAACGGCAAAAGAUUCUCAUGCAGCUAUUGGCGUUGAAGGUGAUGGCAAUAUGGGACUCGGUACACUAUCCGAGGCAGAUAAAAUUGUUUCAGAAUCUCAGCAAAAAGUUAAAGAUGGAGCAUCAAAUCUCGGUGUGAGUGGUAGCAAUAGUGGUGCAGGACAUGAUCCUAAAUUUGAUGGAGCCGUAGAGGAUGAUGAAGAUGAAGAGAAACCUCGGAUGGAGAGUGUAGUUGAAGAGGAACCUCAAUCUAUCGAGGGUGAUUCAUCGGCUCCGGAAAUAAAUUUCAAUGCUGUGGAGAAGGCAAAGACGGAGGAGACGGCUGCAAAUUUGCAUUUACCGGCUGGAGCUGAGAAAUAA